AUGACGCUGCCUCACGACAUCGAGGCCAACCCCCACCCCCACCCCCACUCCCUCCCCCACUCCGCCACGACCACCGCUGCGCCAUCGACAAUGCCCUCCUCGCCCACGUCCACGCUCAAGCGCAUCCGGUCGCCGGAACAGGAACGCCGUGUGCGCGGCGAGGUGCCCAUCGAGCUCGUCGGCGCCAUCCUCGAGAAGACGGACGCGUUCGUCGUCACCUUUGACAGCGAGGCGGACCCGCGCAACCCGCAAAACUGGUCGCUGACCAAGAAGGUCCUCCAGACGGUGCUCAUCACCCUUGCGACGCUGUGGGCGGGCAUUGGGUCUGCCGUGCUCAGCGGAACCAGCAGCCAGAUUGCCGAGCGGUUCCAUGUCGGCAGCGUCGUGGCCGAGUUGGCCAACAGCAUGUUUGUCUUUGGGUUUGCCUUUGGGCCCCAAGUCUUCGGUCCCCUCUCCGAGGUGCUGGGGCGGAAAUGGCCGCUCGUGCUCGGUAUCUUCCUCGGCACAAUGUUCUCGAUCCAGACCGCCGGCGCCGGCAACUUGGCCACCAUCAUGCUGGGCCGCUUCAUGGGCGGCGUGUUCGGUGCUGCACCCUACGCCAUUGGCGGCGGAUGGUUCCACGACGUCUACGAUGCCAUCCACGUGCAGGCCGGCGUGGCAUUCUUCGCUGUCGCCACGGCCGGCGGGCCUGCGCUCGGCCCGUUGAUCGGCGCAGGACUCGCCACGAUGUCGGACACAUACGGCUGGCGCUGGCCCGAGUGGUUCAUGGUCGCGUUUGGCGUGCUCGUCACUACCCUCCUCACGCUGUUCAUGGACGAGGCGUACGCGCCUGCCAUUCUGAAAAAGGCGGCCGCCAACCGCCGUCGCGAGACGGGUAACUGGGCGUGGCACGCCGAGCUCGACACCAUCACACUCAGCCCGCGCGACAUUGUGGUCCGCUACAUCCUCCGCCCGGUCCGCAUGCUGUUUACCGAACCCAUGCUACUCGUCAUCACCGUCUACAUGUCCUUUGUCUACGCCCUGCUGUACAUGCUCAUGGGAGCUGUGCCUAUCAUUUUCGGCGAGUACCGCGGCAUGGGCCCUUUUGUGUCUGUGGCGCCCUUCUUUGCCGUCUUUGUCGGGAUCCUCUUUGGCGGUGCCUUUAUUAUCCUCGACAUGAAGCGGUACGAGCGCGUUGUGGAGGCUUCCGGUGGCGAAGACGCUGUCCCCGAGCAGCGCUUCUUCCCCAUGGGCCUCGGCGCGUGUCUCCUCCCCAUCGGCCUGUUCUGGUUCGCCUUUACGGGUCCCGCCCUCGUCUCGUCGCCAUGGCCGUCCAUCAUCGCCCUCUCGUUCAGCAUGUGCGGCAUGGUCCUCAUUUUCGAGUGUGGUAUCAUCUACCUCAUCGACAUGUACCGCUCGUUUGCCAACAGCGCCAUCGCGGCAAACACGUUGCUGCGCUCGGUGUUUGGCGGCGCGUUCCCGCUCUUCACCACCGGCAUGGUCCACAACCUCGGCUGGCAGGGGACUUGGUCCAUGGUGCUCCUGGCCUUUCUGGCUCUGGUCCUGGCGCCUAUCCCUCUGGUCUUCUUCCACACGGGUGCGCGCAUUCGCUCGUACUCAAAGUUCAAGCCGGAGCUUUGA